GAUCAUGACUUCAAGAGUGGUGUAAUUAAAACUGCUAAAUCGAUGUUAACACACAAGUAGAGCCACAAUAUAAUUUCAGUCGAUCUAAUGAUUUGUGUUCAGUCACCAUUCACUAAGAUGACCAUUACAAGCUGUGUCAGUCUUGUGUUCUUUUUGGGAAUCACUGCUGUUGUGGUCACGGAUGGCUACCCCUCGUCUAAGAAAGUGUGUGUCACUAAGACCAUAAACAACGCCUACACCAAGGUGUCAAUCAAAACCAAUCGCCAUGACAACCUGAAGAUCACUGACGUGAGAAUUUUGAAGACUCUGUCCAAACACAAGUGUGUUCUCAGAAAGAGCUAUGGAUUCUAUGGAGCCUACAUCUACACCAAAGGCUGCAAAGCUAUUAUGAAGGUGUGCUACAUCCAACAAGUUGAUAUAGGUUGUCGUGUAGUAACAUUGUCCAGUAAAUGGCAUGAACCCAGCAAGAUUGUCUUCAAGAAGGGCAAGAUUUAUAGAAUGAGUCUCAUUAAACAUUUAAAUGACUCCAAGAUGUGCAAGCGAGGCGUCAGCUAUGGCUACCUGAAAAAUUCUGCGUGGUCUAUGAAAGGCUGCAAGGCUCAGUUCAAGAUCUGCCUCAAAAAAUAAAAAAGACUUCAGAAACUCUAGUAUCUGAAAUAAAAUGAUUGAUAAAA